AUGAAGACUUCACAAUACCAUACUGCACAUGCCGUUUUCAUAAACAGUAAACAAAACUCUUUUUUUUACAGAGAAGGAAAUUCAAUCGAUGUUGCUUUAGGUUAUGACGGAAUUGAAGGUUACUGUAAGGACAACGUAUAUUUGGGUUGCGUGGUCGGUCGCGUAGCUAACCGAAUUGCUAAGGGCCAGUUUACCUUAGAUAAUAAACAAUAUCAACUUGCUGUUAAUAAUGGACCGAAUCAUCUCCACGGAGGGCCUAAUGGAUUUAGUAAGGCGAUCUGGAGUGCAGAGCAAUCAACAAACGAUAGCGUAACAUUUAAGUAUGUGAGUGUCGAUGGUGAAGAGAGUUAUCCUGGUCAGGUGUCAGUAACAGUUACAUGUACACUAAGAGGAAGUGAAAUUAUCUUGGAUUAUGCAGCUACGUCAUUAGAACCGACCCCAAUUAAUUUGACCAAUCAUACCUACUUUAAUCUUGGUGGCCACGAUUCCGGAGAUAUAAGAAAUCACAUCAUACAAAUUAAUAGCGAGUAUUAUACUCCUUUGGAUGAUGUGCAAAUUCCUACUGGUGAAAUUACUUCGGUUAAGGGAACUCCUUUUGAUUUCAUGUCACCUAAGCCAAUUGGUAAAAAUAUGCCCGAAGGUGGAUACGAUCAUAACUUUUGCUUGGCAGAGUGUACAGGACCUUGUAUUAGGGUAACUGAACCAAACAGUGGGCGCAUAUUAGAAGUUUUUACAAAUCAACCAGGAGUGCAAUUCUAUACUGCUAACUACCUAAAUGGUAUUGAGGGUAAGGGUGGUGCAGUAUAUAAUAAGCAUUCUGGAUUUUGUUUGGAAACACAAAACUAUCCGAAUGCAAUCAAUCAGGACAACUUUCCUUCGUGUGUGAUCCGACCUGGAGGACCUGAUUACAAACAUCGCACCGUUUAUAAAUUUUGCAACAUAAAUUAA